GUCGUUUAGCGUUCCAGCUUCAAGGAUUAUUUUUUUGCCCUUUUUUGGGGCAGGAUGAACUCAAAAUUUCUGUCUCAGUAAAAUUUGGAGAGUUGCUGGAUCAGAGAUAGCAGGCGAGCCUAUGGUAGAAAGCCGAUGGCGCCCUAACGAGACUGCCUACGACUGCUACUCACAUCAACCAAACCUACCGCAUAGUGAUCUACGAAAUUCCAGGUAUCAAUCGUCACAAGGUCGUCCUUAUUGUCAACAUCCAGCACAAGUAAUGCUACGAACUCGGCAAUUUCCUGAGGUCGCCGGUAUAUAUGGUUGCGAGGAGCAACCGUCACUGCGCCGUUUCACCCGAUAUGGUAACACGAUGAUGGAUUCGCAAACGUUUAUAUCAGCUCCGCCUCCAUCAGCAGCAUUUUCUAAAAGUGGGAACUGGACGUUUCGAGAUCGAAAGCAUUCUCGUCCCGGAGUGUUUUCGGAUGGCAUACGCAGAGAUGAGCGACCAAUGAGUAUGAACUUUUCGGAACAACGCGCAGUACGUAGUAAAAGUGAAAAUUCUCCCCGGCAACUUGAGGUGCGAGUUCCGAUGAGGAUACAGAAAUCAACCGAUGAAGAAUCAUUGCGGACUAGGCAGAGCUCGGAAGCAUCUGUACUUUACAAAACAAACAUCACGGUCGAUGAUGCUGCAGCGAUACUUCGGCCCAAAAAGAAUUUGGAAACAAACAACAAUCGCAAUCAGCUACGAAAAAGUUGUCCUGAUCUUGAUGCGGCCGCAUCAGCUCCUAUUAUGGAGGAACGAGGGCAGAGAAGAAGGAAUCGUAGAGCGAAAGAAAAGAUCAAGGAGGCUUGCUGGAGGAAAAAGCCUAUUGAGGAAUGGGCGCUAGACGAUGUCCUAUUGUGGCUUCAAGCUUGCAGUUUGGAUGAUGUGGCAUCUCUUCUCAUCGGUUAUGACAUUCGUGGGACGGACUUACUCACAUGGGACGACAACUGCUUAUCACAACUUGGAGUUACGAGCACAUCUGUCCGAGAAAAGAUUUUGGGAGAAUUAGCAGCCAUACGACGGAAGGGUCCAGAGGAUUCGAAAGAAUCGGAGAAGAAGAAUGGUCAUCGAGCCCUGUUCGAUAUUGUAAAACAAAGCACUUAUGAUCAGGUGCUUGCUGUGGAAACUCCGCUGACAACCCGAGACAUCAUCGUCACUCAUGGACGUCUUGGAUGUUUGCAAAUUAUCAAAAUAAAUGGGGCCAAUCUUCCGCUGCGAGAAAAUGAUUGUCUAUUGGAAAUCAACGACACUCCUGGAGAACAGUUUAAAUCAGCAUUGAUGUUGACGAAAUUGAUCAGUGACUCGUAUGGAGCGCCUAUUCGUUUCGUUGUACUUCGUAUGAAAACUCAGGAUAGAGUCGACGACAGUUCUCAAAACGAUGACAUCCGCUCGAAACUGCAUGCGUUGACUUUGAGCGCAGUCGCGCUAACCAAUAGACCACUUCAUCAUUUACUUUAUUUGCAAAACAGUACAGGAACGCACAAACAGGUGACGCCUUUUGAAAAGAAGGCGAACAAGUGCAACGUUGUCACGGAUGAAACAUGUUAA